AAUGUUGACAUGACACACCGUUCUAAACGCAGCAGAAAAGAGAGAGACAAGGGGUGAAUGAAUAUUUUUGGAGCAAAAAUGGCGAAAGAGGAAUCGCCCAACAGAAAGAGUGAGCGAUGCGAGGAAAUGCAUAUUAGAACAAACAUGAGAAUACUGGAAUCGAAGAAGGGAUACAGAGAUAAAGCAUUGCCUGUGCCCAAAGCACAUCAGAGAAGGGAAGAUGAUCGAUUCCACUGAUUUUAGACGGUGGCAAAAGAUCAUGGAGAAUGCAGACGGUGGAGAGAGGGAGAUCGGUUGAGGGCGAGAGAAAAAAAAAAGUAGAUGAAUCCAUUGUGAUAAGGAACAUUUAGAUCAUGUAUGCCUGUUUAAUCUCAUGGUCAAGUUAAGUGGUACACCGGUGAGGGACUUAAUUGAGCCCUCACCCUAGAAGCCACCUACAUUCUAAUAUUAUUUUAUUUUUUUGAAAACUUGGUAUCCGGCCUUAGGACCGACUAAUCCAAGGGGACCAAUCCCACCGCCCACUUGCGGGAGCCCCAAUUAAAGUCAGAGUUUAUUCUAAUAUUAUUGUUGUUUUGAUAAACAUUUUCUAUGAGGAUGUUUGGUGUUUGAUUAAUGUUAAGUGUGUUUGGGGUUCUACUUUUGUAGGUAGGUUUGAUGAGGGAGUUACUAGAUCAAGUUUCCAUCUUUGAGUAAAUUAAUUUAAUCACGUUAUAAAUUGGUCAUUUUAAAAAAAUAUAUGAAAUUUUAAAGAAUGAACCAAUCAUGAAAAUGUUUUCUAAGAAGAGAGAUUAUAAUACUGAUCUCUACAUUGUAAGUGUGAAUGGGGGCUAUAUUGAGCAAUGGCGGUUAUUGAAUCCAAAGUUCAUACAAAACAAUGACGAAAAAUGAAUUCUCCAACCAAAAAAGGGUGUGUCUUAUGCGGUAAGAAGUGGUUUGGAUUGACAUAGGGUAGGGCAGAAGAGAUGGGAGGUAGAUAAAGAGGGGAUGCGACACGUUUUUAAGUGCAAAUUUUUUAUGAUUAAGGCAAGAUUGUCAGAGGUUCAAGACAUAACUGAGAGGUUGCGACAAAUGGCUGAGCAUAAAUCACUUCAGACAAAGGCGUUCAAUACUUUUGGAGGAGAUGUGGCCGGAAUGAGAGGUGAAUAGAGGAGGAAUUGGGAAAGGCGAUAUGGUCCUAAUUCCAUAGUCCAUAUAUUGAAUAUGUCUAUGAAUACAAAAUUCAACAAAAUUUCUAUGCGACGAUGAUUAAGAGAUAGAAAUAUAUGUACCGCCACUAAAUAAAAAAUGAAAAAUUAAGAUCCAAUGAUAAUUACAAGAUUGUGCAUCGAUACAUCGCGUACAUUGUACGCUGCCCAUUCAAGGAAUAUAUAAAUUAAAAGUAGUACACCGCGUACAAUGUACGCUGCCCAUAUCUAUGUCCAUUACAUUUUUCCUGAUAAAGUACAUAAAAAAGUAGAGAAAAAAAACCACCAGUGGUUUUUGUGAGGGAUACGUCAACGAUCUAGAAAGAUUUGUUGCCCUUAAGACACUACAAUUCUAAAUCCUUUGUCAUUCAUCUGCUUCUGUUUGCUCUCUCACUUUCUCGGGUUUCUUCUCUUAUCAUUCAGACUCUCUUUGCUGAAAGGUUCUGAUACUUCAGAAUAUGUCUAGUAUGAAAACCAACAUGGAUUUUAUCCAAUGGCUCGGACCUGACUUGUCAAUAAAGGUGUUCUCCUGUUUGGAUGAUCCUGGUGACCUUGUUCGUGUCUCAGCUGUUUGUAGCUCCUGGGAACAUUUUGUUAUUGAGAAUGGCCUCUGCAAGCAACUAUGCUUGAAAAUGAUUCCUGAGGUAUCUGGUGUUGUUCCUAGCAUUGAGUACUACAUGAUUGAACCUGAUAGCGACAAGCGUAAGCAUUAUUAUACAAAAUGGGACUGUCUUAAGAGAAAUCAUAAACUCUAUGCGCACCUAGCUUUUGGUUUCACUCCUAUGAAGAAAAAUUGCAUCGAACACUUCAUUAAAGGAAUUGCAAAUACAUUGGAGCCAAGGGACGAAACUGAAAAUGGCCCACCACACGAGACUUUGGUGUAUCGGCUUUGUUCAAAUUUAUGUCUUGUUACGGAGAUUAAUGUCCAACCAUUCCAAGCAUAUUAUGAUAGUGGCUUGCCCAUGUAUACAACUAAGGCUAUCCGGAUUAGAUUGGGUUAUCGUAGACGCGGUGAGGAAAUAGGAUCAAUGACUGCUGUUGAUGAUUCAUUGACUUUUUGUAGGAAAUACGAAUGGAGAUAUACUUCACCAAUAUUUCCAAUGUCUCAGGAAAAUAAGUUGCAAACAUUCAAGCUACCUGAACCUGUUCUGUGUAUUGGAGGUGCGGUGCUAGUGGAGCUGUUUGUUAGACGUCAACAAGAAAAUGUGGAUAAUUUUCUCUACUCAUGGAUUAGAUGGUUUGAUCGUUUAUCCCCUUUUGAAGUUGUUGGAAAAGCAGUUUCUCCAGAAUUUAUUGUGAGGAUUCAUCAAUUUGGAAGGUACAGCUUAUUAUAUAUCCCUCACGAGCACGAUGAAUGGGAGUGUAAUUGCUUGUUUUUGGGGGAGCAUCGUUAAUUAAGUGUCAGAAAAAUGUAGUUGAACUAAAUUAUUUUUACAAUUGAACUUUCAAAGAAUUAGUAGUACUUUGGGAACAUAAUUUUAAAUGGCAUUAGAUGGUUAUUAUCAACUCUUUUGGUGAAUAUUAUUGAUUUGGAUUCACUAUGCCAUCAAUUACAUUUUGAAUUUGUUUAAAUAAAAUUUGAUACCUGAUGAUACCAAUUUGUGGGUUAUGCCAUGGAUAUUCGCCAACAGUUGAUUUCUUUGUUUGAUACUACUCUGGUUCUAAAUAUAAGCAAAAAACAACUUUCUAGGUUCAUUGAAUAAACCAUGUAUCUGGACCAUUUUAUGUUAAAAUGGUCUAGGGGGCACGGCCAAAAUGGUUUAAAUAGUCCGUGGAGUUUGGCUUUGCUCUAUUUACUAUCCUCCAUUUGUUGUCUAUUUAUGAGAGAAUUAGACACAAAUAAAAGACUAGUGGGACUCAUUAGUGGGAUCCACUUAUUAAAUGAAUCUCGUUAAUCUAUCAUCUCUCGCAUAAAUGUACAUAAAAUGGAGGAUAGUAUAUGAAGCAAAGUCACACUCUAGUCCAAGUGGAGUUGCAACGUGGACUCUAUUGGUCAAUUGUUAGUCGAACUAACAUCAGAGACUAUAAAUGAAAUGAAAAAAUUUAGGAGGAUAAAAGCAUCAUAUAUUUCUAGAACUUGGAACCGAUUUGGUAAGCCAUUUGAUUUCUAUUACAUGCUUCUCUAGGAAUCUAUAAUGUCAAAAUGUGUAUUCAAAUGCUUAUUCAUUUAAAAAUAUUUAUGCAAGUUAUAUUAAGUGCGUGAGUGAAAUCACAGUGAAUUUGACAAAAUAACGGUAACAUUUUGGUUUUGUUGAAGCACUAAAUUGUAAAUUUUCCCAAAAUCAUAUGGUGAUUCUGCCAAACUCACUGCCAAUCCUAACAUGCACUAAAAUUGUCAAUAUUUGGAGGGGAGCGAGACAAAGGGAAGCAAAAUCCCUCCCAAGUCAAUGUUUAGUUUUAACUCCCCUCCAAAUUGGAGGAAUUUGAAGUUUUUUUUUUUUUUUACUCAAGUACCCUUUGUAUUGAAUUUGAUCUUAACUAUUACAAUAGUCAACACAAUGUAAAAUAAAAAUGUUAACCUUUUGCUAAACUGUAAACUCAAGUGCUUCAAUUCUCAAUUGACAUUUGGCGUAAUGUAUACAGAAAGCUCUGGCUUUAAAUGGGUCCCUCGCAAGUGGACGGUGGGAUUGGUCCCCUCAUAUUAGUUUGUCCUUAGGCCGGAUCCCGAGUUUUGUAAAGGAAAAAAAAAAACUUGUGAUCUGGUUUUUGUAGAUAACAAUUCACCUCAACCUUGUGCCAAACAUCUCUAUAUUCUUGACUUGUCGACAUGUUCUCUGUUAUCAUUGAGAUAAGAUUGUUGAAACACUGUCUGAUAGCUUGAACUGAUAACUUGUUUUGUGCUAAUGGUAAGUUUUUAAGACUUCUAGUGAUGGUAGCAUUGAUGAAUACAAUUAUCAGUUGAAACAUGACACCACUUUUAGAUUAAAUUACAUGUAACCCUAGAGCAAAAUAAAUCACAACUUCAUCUCUUCAAAAUUUGAUGGUGGGUAGUAUUAGAUUUCUAUUAAAUUUUAUGGUUAACAAAAUAUAUUAAAUGCUUUGCAUUAGUGUUCACUAUUGAGUGUGUUUUUUAGAAACUGAAUAGGCAUGCAUAUAUUGAGCCUGAAAUUUUACAUUGUUUGAAAGAAAUAAGAGACAAUUUAGGAGAGAAAAGAAAUUGAUGUAUCAUUUUUUGCCUAAGACACGGUUAGGCAGGUCAAGUUGUUCAUGCAUUGAUAGUUUUUGGUUUGUCUUAAGAUAGUAGUAAGAAU